UUUCCACUAAAAGCCCCGCCCGCCAAUCCUACGGAGACCAAUCAGAAUGUGCACCCUUAAGUCUCGCCCAGAAACGCGGACUGGAAGCUUAAGUUUGCGCAACCUUUUGCAGACACACGGGAAAGAGGCACCCCAAACUUUGCGUUUCCUAAAAUGAACUCAGACUCAAGGGAGCCCCUCCUCCAAAGUCUUGAGCUCAGCGCGCAGCAGCACGAAAGGCGGAGCACGGCUCACGGCUUCUUCCUUUACUGGGCGAGCUAGAAAAAACACUCCGGUCUCCCAUCAAAAUUUGCUCUGCUGGGUCCCAGGUCCCAAAACUCAGGGCCGAGGACCUAGAUAACGUUGGGGCGCCUAGUUCGGCCCCAACGGGGUUGGACUGUCACAGAAGCCCUCUCAGAAAAGAAAGCAAUUUUUGUUUCCUGGUUGGUAUGGAAAACUGAUUUUACAAAUGUGCUGAAUGGCAGCCAGGUUCUAACUGUAGCAUGUCCCACACGUCUUAAGCCUGUUUUACGUCUGUUUGGGAUGAUGUCAUUAGUGUCCACAAUCUCCUAGGAUUUGUACUAAGGCGGGGAGGGAUGUAGACCCUGCCUCGGAGAUUGACACCUAAGUAGAUUAACUAAACAAAUUAACGAAAACAAGUUUCCCUGGGUCUAGACUGUAAGUAAGGUGGUAGGUCCGCGUGUUUUUUUGCAGACCCCAGAGGGUAGAACUGAGUUUGCCUCAGAUACCAAAGGACAGAAUGCCCUCAAUGCCAACUUGCGGGUAGGGUUGUGGCCUUCCCCUUUAAAAGGCAGUCACUACUUGCACCAGAUGGCUGAGGGCAGAUUGAGGCUUCACUUUGCCACUUCCGAAGCCACAGUCUGUCUUUUCCCUCCCCAUUACCAGAAUACAGGUUACUGUGCAUAAGGGCUGUAACUCCUUCACGUCCUAAGCAAGGCUAAUUCACCUCACCAUGCACCACUACCAGAUCUCCCAGGACAGGUCAGUGGAUCAAGACAGAUGCCAAAGGCCUUUUUUUAGGUUCUCACAACUUCAAGGGGAGACGAGCAAAGACGAGAAACAUAAGUGGGGUGAAGUUCAGGCCCUGUGUUCAGGUGUUCAUACAAACACUCCGAGGGUAGUGGCGGGACACCCCAGCUGCGCUCCUGUUCUCGAGACUCCAGAUUCUAGCAAAGGGCGGAGCUUCUCGGAAAAAGAGAGAAGGCGGGGCUGACAGGAGCCCUAGGGGAAGUAGGAAGGAAGCUCGCCUGGCCAGCGGACAUCACCAAGGCUCAGGUUGGCUCGCCAUGUCUGCUGAAGGCCCCCGAGUGGGAUCCAUGUGCCUGGACUCCUCCAAAUCCUCCCUACCCUUGGCCGCGCUCAACGUGCGAGUGCGGCGCCGUCUCUCGCUGUUUUUGAACGUGCGGACGCCGGUGGCGGCCGACUGGACCUCGCUGGCAGAGGAGAUGGGCUUCGAGUACUUGGAGAUCCGACAGCUGGAGACGCGCCCAGACCCCACCGGCAGUUUGUUGGAUGCUUGGCAGGGGCGCUCUGGCGCGACGGUCGGCAAGCUGUUAGAGAUGCUGGCCAUGCUGGACCGUGAGGAUAUACUUCGGGAGCUGUGGUCCAGCAUCGAUGAUGACUGCGAGAAAUACAUAGUGAGGCAGCAGAUGCAGGAGUCUGAGAAGCCCUUACAGGUGGCCAGAGUGGAAAGCAGUGUCCCACAAACAAAGGAGCUGGAGGGCAUCACCACUCUUGACGACCCCCUGGGACAAACACCAGAACGGUUCGAUGCCUUCAUCUGCUACUGCCCCAGUGAUAUUGAGUUUGUGCAGGAGAUGAUCAGGCAGCUAGAACAGACAGACUAUCGGCUGAAGUUGUGUGUGUCCGACCGUGAUGUCCUGCCAGGCACCUGUGUCUGGUCCAUUGCCAGUGAGCUCAUUGAGAAAAGGUGUCGCCGGAUGGUGGUGGUUGUUUCUGACGAUUACCUACAGAGCAGGGAAUGUGACUUCCAGACCAAGUUUGCUCUCAGCCUCUCUCCAGGUGUCCAACAGAAGCGGCUGAUUCCCAUCAAAUACAAGGCGAUGAAGAAGGACUUCCCCAGUAUCCUACGGUUCAUCACUAUCUGCGACUAUACCAACCCAUGCACCAAGUCCUGGUUCUGGACCCGCCUUGCCAAGGCUUUGUCCCUGCCCUGAAGAUGGCCCUGGGAGCCCUAGGUCUGUCAGUCUGCCCUUGCUCUUGUGCUUGCCUCCUCUGACAUUGUAAGAGGGAAUUUGUGGUCCACUCAGCCUUGGAGGUUCUAGCUCUACAGAUGCUUCUCCAGCAGCCAAAACCCAUCUGGACACUGCCCCUCAAGUCCUGGAUGGAACGAGUGACUGCAAGUAACUUUGUUACUUGCUGGGUUGUCAGCCAGUACAGCGAUUACCAGGGACCAGCUGAGCUACAGCCGAGCCAUCUUUGGUCUCAGUUUCUCCACCUGAGAAACAGGAUAUGGAGAUCAGGCAGGAACAUGGCGAGGCAUUGCUCUGGCUGAAGGAGAGCUGGCUGUGGGACCAGAGCCUUGCCAGGACGACUGCUUCCCCCAUUUGUCUCACAUUCCUGUUCCUCCUUUUUUUUUUUUUUUUUUUUUUUUUUGGUUUUUCAAGACAGGGUUUCUCUGUGUAGCUUUGCGCCUUUCCUGGAACUCACUUGGCAGUCCAGGCUGGCUUCGAACUCACAGAGAUCCACCUGCCUCUGCCUCCCGAGUGCUGGGAUUAAAGGCGUGAGCCACCACCGCCCGGCCUGUUCCUCCUUUUGCAGGGCAAUGGGGAGCUGAGCUGACUUUGACCCGAUUCUCUGAAACUAUCCUCUUUGCAUCUUUGACCCCCUCAGCCUCAAUCCCAUGUUCUGUGGUCACUAGUCUGGGUAACUGGGACUGCUUUUCCCUCCCACGUAGCCAUGCCUGUGCACAUAUCUCAGCUUCACUUUGCUUGAAGUGGGAUCCUGUCCUCUGGCAUGCCUAUCAUUUAUAGUGGCCCCAGCAGGGCCCCCAGGACUAUGUCAUCAGGGAACCUUCCUCCUUGGCCCACCAACACAGAGACUUUCUCCAGCUUUCUGCACUUUGAUUACUUACUUUGUUAACAAGCAGCGAACAUACAGAAACAUCCUUUCUCUAGUACUUGGAGGUAUGUGGCCCCAUGGAGUCCUAUUCAUUAGAUAAGUGUAAAUGUACACGUGCUCCUCACACAGAUACUCCCUCACACACAAAGGCAUCUGCAUACCUGUGUUUACUUUGGGACAGCUCCUAAGAAAUGGCUGAGUAGAAGAGUUUUGCCAUCAAGGGGACCUGGCCAUCUCCCUGGAUAAAAACGGGAUGUCCUUACUACAGGUAGCGGCACAUGCCUAUAAUCCAGCAUUUGUGAGGUAGAGGCAGGAGAAUCAGGAUUUCAAGGUUCGCCUUGGAUACACACCAAGUUUAAGGCCAGCCUGGACUACAUGAGAGCCUAUCACCUCUCUCACCCACCCAUUCCCCCCUCCCCCACCAAAAAAGAAGAAAAAGAUGGGGGGCACUGUUAAUUUCUUCUCUCUCUUCUCUGAUCACUGAAAGCAAAGUCUAGAAAGGCCCCAAACGUGAGCACAUGCAUGCCUUCAGCAAAACGAAGGUGAAAAAGGAGAAGCCGCCUCACACCACAACUCGGCAGGCUCAGCUGGUUCCUCCCCAGCAAGAUGGUUUCCAUAUUCCUCUCAAGCUCUCUAUCAUGGAGGCAAUGUCACGGUCUCUGGUCUUAGUGCUCAGGGCCACCCCAGGGUUCUGAAUCCAACAGAAAAUGUGCCUUCCUUCAGUGUCUGGGGCAGGAAUGGAGGCCCCUUUGCAUGACCUCAUGAAGCACUUUUGUGGGCAUUUUAAAGCAAUCUGGAGAAAGUAUCUUCUCUACCUGUUAUAUAGGUUUUAUGAGAACUUCAGUGAGAUAGAUGGGAUAAAGGCUUAUGUUUGCCAUUUGUACUUCUGUAUUGGAAAUUUAUAAUAAAAAUAUUCUAUUUGAGAAAGCA